AUGAACAUCGCUUACAGCUUCAAAUCUGCAUUGGAGGAGAACGCUGUCGAAAGUACACCCCCGACAUCGUCUGGAAAGAGGAGGAGAGAGCCCAGCUUCGGCGGCAACAGCAGCAGCGAAGGAGUAGGCGACCCGAAGGCGCGGGCACCAACAGGAGUGCCGACCAGGGUCAAGAACGGCCUGGCUUUCUACCGUGGGGCGGUGAGCGUGCCGACGUUCACCGAGGGGGAGCGUCAGCACAUCGAGUCCCACCUGUCGUUCCAGCGAGCGUACGACAGCGUGGACAUCCUGUCCAGAGGCAAGCCCGUCGACGGUGGGGUAGACCUUGCCCUGGCGCCUGUCGUCGCUGGCGCGAUCGCCACGAUGACCGACCUGGUUGGCGUGCGAUCGGACUGCGCGCACCUGACUACACGGGAGAAAGAGCAACUUCACACGUCUCAUUCAGACAGGAUGAAGUUCGAUGUGCGCGGCACGGUUCACCUUGGCGCGGACGUCCUCCUCCACGGGCAAGUAGACCCCGCGAGGUCCACCGGGGACUUCAUCCUCAGCGGCGGCGACCUGCCGCAGCCCCUUAUCAUGCCGAUGCGGAGCGGAGACGCGUACAUCGCCACCUCGGAGGUCCUUUACGCCCCCCUCUUCCACGGAAUCAGCCCCCCGGACCAAGCAAGCCUUUCGGUAGUCUGCACUUGGUCUCCGGGACGUGGCGCCUUCAAUCCCUGGCGGAGUCAGUCCCACCCGCUGGCCGAGAGCUUCCCCUCGCUCUGUGGAGUGAAGGCCGUCGACGGCGAGGAAGCGUUCAAGGUGACGACUACGGACCGUGUACCGCCGAAGACGAUCAAGUCACGGAUCCGGCAGUCGGGGGACUUCACCGACGGCGUUUCGCUGUUCCGAGCACCCCCCGAGGAGCAGGCGUCCGCCUACCACCGACUCGCCAACUCCUGCAAUGUGGCCGGGUGUUCCUGCACCGAGUCGGGUGAGGCAUGCAGCUGUGACGGACACGUGCACGUCAAGAACGCGAGUGUCGGAGGGGCGGUACAAUCGGGAAAACAACAGAAACCCAACAGCCACCGGGGAGGCCCCGGCGCCGCCGGUCGUAUCGAGUUUGACUACGGCCCGUACGCUACCUCCCUCGGCAAGCACCUCCGUGCUCAGAAGAACAAGAAGACGGGCGACAUUAUCAUCUCGGAAAACCCGUCGGAGUUCUUCGAGUGGAGCGUCCCCAGCGUGAACAACGGGGAGAGGACGUUGGGCACCCAGCCCUUCGACAGCAACGGCGACAACAAGAGAGCAUCCUACCCAUGCACGAAGGACGGUGCCAGGAUCAAGAAGGCGCCCAAGUUGGAGAGAGGCAACGCUUACCUGAUGCAGAAGGCCAGGGAGUGGCACCAAAAUGCGCAGGGGUAG